AAUUCGGUCCGGUAAGGUCUUCGGAUACUCAAGACGCUCGGGUCGGUCGUUUGGGAGUGGUUGACGGUCUUCUAAGUUUUGGAAGAAUAAAAAAAAUCUGAAUAACAGUGAAGCAGUUGUGUUGUUGAAAUAAAACGGAGCACAUUUCUAGUGAAAUCGAAGAUAUUGAUGAGUGUGCUUCAUCUAACUUAAAAGUCAGAUGAAGAAACACCGGACUCAAUUGGAAAACUGGCGUCGUUUUAUUUAUCCAUGCAUUGUGCGAUGCUGAUAUAUUGUAAAUACAUGCGAAUUCGUUCAUAGUGUUCGAGAUACUAUCGUAAAUAUUGACCAUUGCUACACUUUGGGAUCAACGUCUGUCGUCAAAAUAUGUUAAUGACCGGAUCAUCUUCAUAUAAACCGGCAGUUAAAUACUUGUUGGCUGUAGUGUUGUUGAAUGUGUAGAGAAGAUCUGAAGUCCUAAUUGUGAUUAAGCAACUGUACCCUUUGAGAGUCAAGUAUGAAGUUUCUCUGCAAACAGUUAGCAUGUGUAAUAGUAAUAUUAUGUUCGUUCAUGAGUGCUACCCAGAGUGCGGUGUUUUACGUGCAUCCAAAUGAAAAUUCAACUGUGUCACCAGAACUCCGUAUAUUCGAGCCAAUAAUCUCAGAUGACCAUCAAACUAUACCGGUGGCCCCAACCCCAUCGUUAAGCCCUCCGGAUGACACAUCACUGAACGUUCAAACCUACAUUUUCUCCGAUAAGUCCCCAUCGGAUUUAACGCUCGAUGAACGAAUCGAGCUGGAGAAGAUAACGUGGCACUGGUAUCCCUAUCGGCGGAUACACUACGUGGUACUCGAGGAUGGGCGAAAAGUUGAACUUUUCUGCGACGAAGGGUCUGCCAUUGAACAGCUCCCGGACGAUGUUUUCACGCAGGAACAACGACUGCAGGGUGCAAUUAUACUGCAUUUUAUUGGCGCUAUAUAUUUCUUCACAUUCAUGGCUUACACCGUGGGCGAGUACUUCCUGCCUUCAGUCGAAUGUAUUUGCGAAGAUCUAAAAUUAACUCAGGAUGUUGCGGCGGCAACCUUCAUGGCAGUUGCUGGUACAAUUCCGGAGUUCUUCACCAACACAAUUAGCACGUUCAUUGCAGAAUCCGAUAUGGGAAUAGGAACCAUAAUGGGUUCACUUUUGUUCAAUACACUCGGCGUUGCUUGUCUGGCAGGCUUGGCAUGUAAGAAACCGGUUCAACUGGAUUGGUGGCCGUUAACAAGAGAUUGCAUUGUGCUUGCUUUCCACAUAAUCCUUCUCAUCGGAUUCUCUUGGGACGGACGAAUUCAUUGGUACGAGGCUAUGAUAUUUGUCAUCCUGUUUUUCACUUACUUCUUGGUGAUGUUCCAAAACAAACGAAUUAUGAAGGUAGCCAAAAAGUAUAUAGAAGUUAAGUGGAACAUGUGCUCUCGAGUGAUAAAAGAUAUUGAAGAAACGGAACAGGCGGAAGCAGCAGCUGCAGCAGCAUCCAACACUAGUCGUCCAAGUGCCCUAGAGAAAUCGAUUGUGCGACAUUCCACGGCGUCCAUUUUGUCAGACCAGAUGGCAGAAAAGCCAUUGAAGGUGGGAGAUCUUCAGAUCCCAUCACGUCACACGCUGCCAGACACUGAAGAACAUCCGUCCAUGACCUUAUGGACAAUUUCUCGGGAAACAAAGUUUCGUACCGUGUGGUGGUUCUACACGUGGCCGAUUCGCUUUGUGCUAACGUUUACAAUUCCAAAUCCACUUACGAUGCGCCGUUGGUUUCCGCUGACAUUCAUCAUGUGUAUAAUUUACAUUGCAUGCGUGUCUUUUCUCACUUUCUGGAUGAUGUCGAUCAUCGGUUACACUCUGGGAAUUCCGGAUGGAGUGAUGGGACUUACGUUCCUGGCGAUGGGAGGUUGCAUGCCGGAGGCCAUUUCAGCGGUACUGAUCAUACGAACUGGAAACGGUGCCAUGGGCGUAUCGAACGCUCUCGGUGCCAAUUCACUAGCCAUCGUGUUCUCGCUCGGAAUACCGUGGUUCAUCCGAACGGUAGCAGACGGUGGCAGUGCCACCAAUGCGUACGUCAUCAUUGCCUCCCACGGUCUGCAGUACAGCGUCAUUGCACUACUGGUCAGCGUUAUUGCAUUGUACGUCAUCAUCUACAUUGCCAAAUUCAAACUGAGGAAGCGUAUCGGCUUUGCGCUGAUCCUGGUCUACGUCAUUUUAGUGACAUUCAUGUUGCUGAAUGAAUUAGACAUCUUCUUCCCAUCUGGCAUCGAUUGCUGAUGAUAGUAGUGGCGCCUUUUCAGAGGGCGAUUUGUUUCGAAUGUGACUUUGUAGAGUAAGUAGAAAAUAAUCCGAUGUGACGCGAUGAGAAAUACACGCUACCCGCACCUCCCGAAUAUUGGUUAGGUUAUGGUUAACUGUUAUUCUGAGUUGGUAAUAAACUCCUUAAUGCUGAUGUGAUAUUUUUACAAUGAACGCAAUUGAUAUUAUGUUGGUGAAACAUAUAUAACGUUGAUUGUGACCAAUCUUCAAAGUAGUUCUCUUCCUAUGGUAUGGGCAUCAAAGCUACAAGUUAUGUAUAUGACAUGAUCCAGUACUGGUACUGUGCUGGAUGUUUGUUCGAAUUAUUACUAGCAGUUCAUAUGGCAGGCCAGUUGUGACUUUAAGUAUUAUUACAGUUACCAAUCUUAUGUAAUAAAGAUACAUUCAUCUACUUGAUUAUA